CAGCAUUCAGAGAGAAGGACAGGAGAAGACCCACCUCACAGAGAAACACAAGGAGCAUGAUAAAGGAUGAUAAAGACGAGGACAGAGGACUCUGUACAGAGAGACCCAAGGACAUCUUCUAUCUGUGUUUCCAGGGGAUGCUUAUAUUGAGAACACAAGGUGGGCAUAUUUACUGGACUGUGCCAGACUUGGAGACACCUGCUUCCAUCUAAUGUAUGUGUGUGUGUUCUGGGAGAGGACAGAGCUCUGAAGUUCCUGUCCAGGCAUACAUUCCCAGGUUCACUCAGAGACAUGCCCUCCACUUGCAGGAUCAGUUCUUCGUGAUUUGCGCGAGGUGUCCUGCGUGUCAGGUUUGCACAGGGUGGGCUGCAGUGGCUCGGCUCCAAACUGUGGCACCGUUUGCCGUGAGAGCUGAGGGAGCGGAAACCAGGGGACUAGAAAGAUUUUGUCAGACUUGUUGAUUAAAGGCCACAACAGCAGAGGAGUAUAAUUUGAGGUUGAGUUUCUGUUUGGUGUCGGGGAGAAUGAAGGCUCUACAGAAGAAUCAGGGACGCACUGACCAGAUGUUGGGAGCCAUGGCUGACGUGCUCACUUCUGUGGCCAUGCCCAAUCAACAGUGGCUCUCAGAGGGGGGUGAGGCGGACCUCCCAUCAAGCGAGGAUGAAAGAGGGACCGUCCAGGGCCAGUGGGAGCCAGAGGGGCUGGAGUGGGAACAGCAGGCCGCUGCUACAGAAAACCCGGAGCGGAGAGAGAAAACAGACUCGUACUCAGCAGCGGGCAGUGAGGGCAGUAUCUCCACCUCUGUGGCGUCCCUGCCACCGCAGGCAUCAGGCAGCUCGGCCCCCAGCUCACCAGGCUCCAGGCGCUCUGUGAGCACCCUGAAGAAGUGGCUCACAAACCCCGUCCGCAAACUCAGCGCUGGGGCCACUGCCAAAGGAGAGCGCCAGGUCCGCAAGCUCGAGGGAAAACCUCCAUCUCUUCCCUCCCACAGCCACAGCCAGGAUCUGGGCAGCCCCCCGAGGCCUGAUGAGACUCUCACCAUCCUGCCUGUCACCCACAGAGAACUGGAGUGGAAAGAUGGCCUGGCAAGCCCUGAGGACCUGUCACCGGCUACACUACAGUCCCCCAGCUACAUAACUGACUCGCUUAUUGGCUGUACAUCACUGGCAAACACCCAGGACACUCAGUGCACCAAUGUUUUGCCGGAUGACAGUGGCUCUGUGUUGAUGGAUGACACCUGCAGCCAAUGGUCAGCUGCGGCUGACAGUGAGGAGGAAAGAAGAAGUGCCUUGGAGAAAAGCAUGUAUGUACUGAAGGAGCUUAUCGAGACAGAGAAGUACUACGUGGGAGACCUGGGGUUCAUAGUGGAGGGAUACAUGGCCACAAUGAGCUCCAAAGGUAUACCAGAGGACAUGAAGGGAAAAGACAAGAUUGUUUUCGGGAACAUCCACCAAAUCUUUGACUGGCACAAAGACUACUUCCUGGGAGAGGUAGAGAAGUGUUUGGUGGAGCCAGAGAGGCUGGCUCAGCUCUUCAUUAAACAUGAGAGGCGUCUGCACAUGUAUGUUGUGUACUGUCAGAACAAGCCCAAGUCGGAACACAUAGUCUCAGAGUACAUCGAGACUUACUUUGAGGAGUUGCGGCAGCAGCUGGGCCACAGGCUGCAGCUCAAUGACCUGCUCAUCAAACCUGUCCAGAGGAUCAUGAAGUACCAGCUGCUGCUCAAGGACUUCCUGAAGUAUUACACCAAGGCUGGGAUGGACACCGAGGAGCUGGAGAAAGCAGUGGAGGUGAUGUGCUUUGUGCCAAAACGUUGCAAUGACAUGAUGAAUGUGGGCAGAUUGCAAGGCUUCGAGGGUAAGAUCACAGCACAGGGCAAACUGCUCCAGCAAGACACCUUCACCGUCACCGAGCAGGACAGCAGCUUCCUGUCCCGGGCCAAGGAAAGACGGGUCUUCCUGUUUGAGCAGCUGGUCAUAUUCAGUGAGCCAAUCGACAGGAAGAAAGGUUUCUCACUCCCUGGAUACGUCUUCAAGAACAGCAUCAAGGUGAGCUGCCUAGGAGUGGAGCCCAGCGUGGAUGCCGAUGAGGCGCGCUUCGUUCUGACUUCACGCAACCCUGAUGCGAGUGUGGUGCGCUUCCAGCUGCUGGCCUCGUCCCCUGACAUCUGCAGGGCCUGGGUCAAUGAUGUGGUUCAGAUCCUGGAUUCCCAGCGCAACUUUCUCAAUGCCUUACAGUCACCUAUUGAGUACCAGCGGCGAGAGAGCAAGUCCAACAGCCUCGGUCGCAGCAUGAGGCCUCCUCUGUCUGCCGCUAGUGCCCUGCGGCCCCACUCCUCCGCCUCCAUCGACCGCCACAAGCUGCCGUCCCUUCACUCCCACAACACCUCCUUGCCGGCCCUCUACCUGCCGAGCCAAGGCCAGGGCCAAGGACUAAACGAGACGUACUCAGUGCGGGACCCCACCGUGGUCCAUCCGUGCCCUGCUGACUCCCACACCGUCUCUCUGUCACACGUCCAACUGGGCUUCACUGAUCAGCCAAACUGUCAAGCUGUGUCAAACGGGCUGUACGCACCCACCACACAAAGUGCACAGCAGAGAGCAGGAGAGGCCUGCCGGAGGGGUCAGCCAGUUGAUGCUGGGAGCCAGGGUCCGCCUUUGGGUCUCUCAGCUGGACGACGCCCCAGCAACCUGGCUCAGCUAGCUGAGGAUGACCUAUGAACUGUCACGCUCUCUGUUUCCUGGGUCAGGAUGUCAGAAGCUCAAGCUACAGCUGUGGAGAUAAGAAGACUUGUCUACUGUCUGUUUGUGCCAGGCUGGACCCUCACCUGGUUCAACAAUGGUUUUCUGGAGUAUCAGGGAGGAACCUGAAGGAUCAUAUGAAGGAAAAUAUACGAGCUGCAUUUAUAAAUAACACUGCUCCUGUUUUUAGAGAGCCACUCAGAGGGGGGUGACUAGCCUUGGCCACCUUUUGUGUACAUAGAUAGCGGCCAGUAUGACGUUACUGGGCACAGAAUGGAGAAACACUCAGUGGAUACUCAGUGUUACGACAAUUUCUGCUUUUUACCUUUUUGAGAGUUUGUAUAGUACAAUUUCUCUCUUUCAAAGGGCAAUGGGAGUUUGUUUGAUGAAGAAAUAUCCAUUCCUUUUUGGGGCGGUCACUGGAGUAGCGUGUGCCUGGAUGUAUGUUUAUGCAAAGAUGUGUUUGUGUGUGCGAGAGGGCAUGAGAGUGUGCGAGUGCCGUUGGCUCUUCUUGUUCUCCGGUAAAUUUUCUUGAUUGAGUUUUUUUUCUCUCUCCCUUUUUUUCUGAUGCCCCAUUGUGAAGAGGAGUACAGCUACAUAAAUAGACUUUGUCAUUCCCCUGCUGACAACUGAGUUUGCUGUUUAUGUCGACAAGAACGGGGGAAGGCAGAACACUUGAUUUGAAUAUGCCACGAGGACUUUUCUUCUGAAGGUGAAGAACUUUCUUUCUUGCCACAGCAUUGAGAGCCUCCUGUGCUCUCUGUUAUUCUCUUUGACUGGCCCUCGUUUGAUCUGGACAAAAAAGGCGUGAGGGAACCCCCUGGAGGUUCUCUGUGGGUAUGACGUCACUUCGAGAAUACUUCUUGCUCUUUGGGCAACUCCAGAGGAGUUGUUAAUACACAUAGGGUGCAUUCAAAGGGACUGCUGUGCUGACCCAAAGUGUUGCAAGCAACAUCUCCCAGGUAAUUGACUGGCACAAUGCUACUUUACACAGAUGCUUCUUUCCAGGCCUGAGUAGAUUCUGGGACACAUCCGGAAAAUGCAUUGGUUUAUACUAAUAUUGAUUGUUUUAUUAGUCCACUGUUGUCACGUCAAGGCUGUGCACCAUUUAUAUAAGCUCUGUUAGCUUUUGCCCUCAUAGGUUACAUACUGUGCAGCCAUACAUUUCCACUUGUGAGGUGAAGAAUGUCCCUUGUAUGCAGAGCAAUGCUCCUGCUCCAGCUGACUCAAAUGAAGGAAAAUGUGCUGAAGGAAAAACAAGACUGAUGCCGAUACAAAUCUGCAUGCACCCUCUUCCUCAGACAACAGUGCCAAAAACACGUGCUCACCACUCGAACGUUUCAUGCUCUUGCUCCAUAGCUUAGUUUGCCAUUACUCUUACAAAAAAACAACUGUGGAUAUAUAUGUCGCUGUCUGGAUUGUAAUGCCUAAGUGUCAGAAAAGAGAGAGGAGAGCGGAGUAGAUGAAGGGGACUAUCCUGUCAAUGCCAGUUCAGUUCUUCUUUGUGGCCAGUAGAGGUCCCCACAAGGCUUUCACUUCUAGUUUAGUUGGACCAUACAGCUGCACCAAAGAACAUGUCUCAGUGCUAACAAUCAAGCUGCUUCAUAAUAUGUCUGAAAAAAAUAUACAUAUGUUUCUCAAAGUAAACGGAAAGGUGAGACAAACCAUCUCACAGAAUUUGCAUCUGUAUUUUGUGUGAUCUGGUGAGUUUUCACAGGAAAUACUGAUCAGGCAGCUUUGCAUGUGACACAAAGGAAUACCACUACAGAGAACCAAAAGCACGGACGUAAAAACCAGGAGAGGGUUGGUCAAUGCCAUGUUUGACUGAGUAAAAAAAAAAACUGUUGUAUCAUAUCAAAUAAAAAGUGUCUUUUCGAAGCCGA